UGGGAGGCAGUGUAUGAAUAGCCGCAAGUGUUUGCUUUUUUAUGAGCCUGUCUCUAAGCCGAGCUGCGGAAACUGGUUUGAUCAUUUUCGCUCCGAGGCUCCGGAGGUAACUUGCCGAACAAUACAGCAUAAAGGCACAUUUCUGAGUCCAAAUGGGUUUGUCGACUUCCAGAGAACUGAAAAUGAAACACGUUCGCAUCUUAAUGCUGGGUCUGGACGGAGCAGGGAAAUCCACCUUAUUGUACAAACUAAAAUUCAGUAAUACUGAAUUUAUCACUGCCUCCACCGUAGGAUUCAACGUGGAAAUGCUGCCGCGUGAUAAGAGCAUUGCCCUGACAGUUUGGGAUGUUGGCGGUCAGUCCAAGAUGCGGCAGCUCUGGCCGUUUUAUUUUCAAGACACCGAUGCCCUUGUGUUUGUGGUGGACUGUGCCGACACACAGCGCAUGGAGACCUCCCGGAUAGAAUUUGAACGGGCGCUGAAACACAAGUGUCUGAAAGGGAUCCCGGUGAUGAUAAUAGCAAACAAGCAGGAUGUUAAAGGUGCUUUCUCUGCGGAGGAAAUCACCAGGCGCUUUCACCUAAAGAGAUGCUGCUCAGACCGUGACUGGUACGUCCAGCCCUGCUGUGCAAAGACAGGCGAAGGAUCAAGCAAGGCCUUUGAUAUUUUACUAUCGCUCGUCAAAAAGAAAAUACCCUCUAAAGACGAAGGAUCACACAUUAAUACUCAAGAAGACAGAUGAACGGAAGUAUACCAAUUGUGCGGAAUUUAUCCUCCUCGCCGGUAUACGUUGGCAUGAAGGAACGCAGACUGUUUGAUGAAUUGAUACUGAUGUAUUGACACUGUCGGUCGAAUUUUAAAUCCGUUUGUCACAGUUUUGCCUGUAUCACUUUUGUUAUUUUGAUCCGAAUUAAUAUAGAAAUAGUGUCAUAAUCUUGUUUUGGAAGAUACCAUACUAUAUGAAGGUGCUGUAAUAUGUAUCGGAAUCACUGACUGUACCUGCAGCUCAACGCCCCUCGCCCCGAAAUCAGCUCUAGAUUAUAGACGCCUUCCAAUUCCCGCCCUUUUUAACGCUCUGCAUAGAACCUGCUUAUCGAAUAUCCUAACGUGGCUGAUUGUUGAGUUUUGUGAGGAUUGUUUACUGCUUUAAAGCCGCGAUAUAGAUGCGUUGAUGUGAUAAGCGCAGGUGUGUAUGUUCAGAGCGGCCAAUUUGUAACUUCUGAUCCUUAAAACGCAUUGUUAGGAGUUGGUUUAACCAUCUAAAAGCUCAUUCACUCUGAAACUGGAAAUAUACCCUGGAAAGUUACUGUAUAAUCUUUAACAUCGGCAGCUGAAGGCCGACAUGUCCACAAGUUGGCCCGCUCUCAAUGAGACAUUAAAUAUUAUUAAUUAUUCGAACAACCCCCUAGAAGCUAACACACACAUGCCUAUUAUAACAUGCAUUUAUUUAAUGCCUAAAUACAGUAAA